UAGUCAGACAGCUGGUAGGAGACAGAGGAAGACUCGGACGCAGCAGAGCACCUCUCACUGUCUUUGUCUCAUGAAUUUUCCAUCAGGACAACAGUGAUAAAUAUACACUCCAUUACAGCAAACCUGAGGACUCUUCUGUUGCUAUAACGCUCUCAGGGAUCAUGGUCCGUGUCGCAGCCCUGAUCACUUUUCUCGCCUGUGUGGUGUUGUCAGAGGCCCUACAUGAGCCGGGCUACUGUGCUUUCUAUGAGGAGUGCGGCCUAAACCCAUCAGUAGGAGGAACUCUCAUUCCUCCUAUCGUCCCAUGUCUCAAUUACAGUCAAGCCCGGCCCAUCUUGGGAGAUCACUACAAGAAACUCCAACAGGUGUGUCCCAUGUUGGCCCAAGGAGAGGGCAACACGUUCGCCUGCUGUUCCAUCAAGCAGCUGAAUUCCCUGGAGACGAGUCUGACCCUGUCUAAGGCGGUGCUGAUCCGUUGCCCCUCCUGCGCUGACAAUUUUGCCCACCUGCACUGCAUCACCACCUGCAGCCCCAACCAGAGCCAGAUAGUGAAAGUCACAAAGGUCAUGAAUGUCACUCAACUGGUGGGCAACCCGAAGGAGGCCGUGGUGGGUUACCAGGCAUUCCUCACCACCAACUUUGCAGAUGCCUCCUUCCAAUCUUGUAAAAAUGUCAGGAUCCCAGCCACAGGAGGCUUCGCCAUCGCAACCAUGUGUGGCCGGUAUGGUGCCAAGCUGUGCACCCCCCAGCGCUGGUUUGAUUUCCAGGGGGACUCCAGUAAUGGACUGGCUCCCCUGGACAUCGACUUUCAACUGAUGAAAGAGGGGGAUACUACAGGAGUCCCAGAGGGUGUGAUUCCCUACAAUGGGCGUGCUCUGGGGUGCAAUGAGACUACGCCAUCAGGGGGGGAGGCCUGCUCCUGCCAGGACUGUCAAGAGUCGUGUCCGAGUGUCCCACCUCCUGAGCCGCCGACUCCGCCCUUCACACUGUUGGGGAUAGAUGGUUACUUACUGAUCUCUAUUAUCCUGCUCUGUCUCUUGGUACUUGCCUUCCUGACGUAUCUUGCUGCCUGUGAGAAGUCUAAAAAAGUAAAGGAUGAAGAGAAAGGCAGGAGAAAGAAGAAAAGCAAAGACCAGAACAGUAAUGAAAUUCCUCAGCAGGCCAUUCAUCCAUCAGAGGUGACGUGUGCUGACAAGAACAGUCUGGCUGCUCAAGCUUUCCUGAGCUCACUGUUUCGGGCGUGGGGAACUGUCAUGGCCACUUAUCCGCUCAUGGUGCUCCUGUUGUCGGCUGUAAUCGUGGCUGUUUUUGCUGCCGGCCUCAAGUCCAUUGAGCUAACCACUGACCCGGUUGAGCUGUGGUCCGCACCCAACAGCCGUGCCCGUCAAGAGAAGGAAUUCCAUGAUACACACUUUGACCCUUUCUUCAGAACAAACCAGCUGAUCUUGACAGCACCAGGGAGAGAAGGAUACAUUUACGACUCGUUGCUGUUUGGGCCGCAAAACUUUAGUGGGCUUGUAUCCAAAGAUCUCAUCAUUGAGCUGCUGGAGCUCCAGACACGGAUACAGCAAAUUGAGUUCUGGUCAGAAGAUCUGAACCGUACGGCAAGUCUGAAGGAUGUGUGUUUUGCACCGCUGAACCCAUCCAAUCCCUCCCUGACUGACUGUGCAGUCAACAGUUUGCCACAGUAUUUCCAGAACAGCCUGGACAACAUCAACGCUAAGGUGAAUAUGACCGAGCUGGGAGUGACCAAAGAGGUGGACUGGAGAGACCAUCUAAUCUACUGCCUCAACUCUCCGCUGUCCUUCAAAGACAUCACUGAUUUAGGUAUGAGCUGCAUGGCCGACUAUGGAGCUCCAGUCUUCUCAUUUCUGGCUGUGGGAGGCUAUUCAAAUGACGACUUUACUAAUGCUGAGGCUUUCAUCAUGACCUUCUCCCUCAACAACUACGCUCGCAGCAACCCCAAGUUCAAUGUGGCUAUGCAGUGGGAGAGCGAGUUUCUUAAGAUUGUCCAGGAUUACCAGAAAAACCCAGCAGCCAACUUCACCUUUGCAUACAUGGCAGAGAGAUCUCUAGAGGAUGAGAUUAAUCGAACAACGGCAGAAGACAUCCCCAUCUUCAUGAUCAGCUAUGCUGUCAUCUUUGUUUACAUCGCUGUGGCACUGGGGGAGUACUCUUCAUGUAAACGCAUACUGGUGGACUCCAAGUUCCUGGUGGGUCUGGGUGGGAUCCUGGUGGUGGGCUGUUCUGUCCUUUCCUCCAUGGGUUUCUACUCAUGGAUCGGUAUCCCCUCCUCGCUAGUCAUUCUGCAGGUCGUGCCUUUCCUGGUGCUCGCUGUCGGAGCUGACAACAUCUUCAUCUUUGUUCUGGAGUACCAGAGAGAUGUACGGAGGCCUGGAGAGAAGCGAGAGGAGCAGAUUGGUCGUGUCCUCGGAAACGUAGCCCCCAGCAUGCUACUGUGUAGUCUGUCUGAGUCUGUCUGCUUCUUUCUAGGGGCCCUGUCCACCAUGCCAGCAGUGAAGUCCUUUGCUCUGUAUGCUGCUCUGGCUGUGCUCAUGGACUUCGUCCUCCAGAUGACAGCCUUUGUGGCGCUGAUGUCCCUGGAUGCCCGUCGCCAAGACAGCAACCGCUGUGAACUGCUCUGUUGUGUUAAAGUGGGAAAAGAGCGUUCCAACAAGCCAAACGAGGGCUUUCUGCUGCCCUUCAUGAGGAAAUUCUAUGCCCCUGUCCUACUGCACCGCUUCACCAGAGUUAUAGUGAUGCUUGUGUUCAUCAUCAUGCUCUGUGGAUCCUUAUACCUCAUGUUCAACGUGACAGUGGGUCUGGAUCAGGAGCUUGCUAUGCCUAAGGGCUCUUACAUGCUGGACUAUUUCCAGUACUUGUACAAAUACUUUGAAGUCGGAGCCCCUGUUUAUUUUGUUACCAAAAAAGGCUUCAACUUCACCAGUGUGGAGGGCAUGAAUGCAGUAUGUUCCAGCGUGGGCUGUGAUCAGUUCUCAUUGGCCCAGAAGAUCCAGUACGCCACCAACUACCCUGAACGAUCGUACCUGGGUAUUCCUGCCAACUCGUGGGUGGAUGAUUUCAUUGACUGGUUGAACCCAGGAUCCAAAUGUUGCCGUCUGUACACUCUCGGUCCAAAUGCUGGAAACUUCUGUCCUGCAAACCAAUCUGCAUUUCUCUGCGGACGCAAGUGCAUGGCCACUCCUUCAGAUGGCGUCCUCAGGCCCACUGUGGAACAAUUCAACCGCUUCCUCCCAGACUUCCUGGGUAACCGGCCUGACCUGCAGUGCUCCAAAGGCGGUUUAGGAGCCUAUGACAAAGCCGUGGUGAGAGAUGAGGGUGGGGAAAUAAUAGCCUCCAGGUUCAUGGCUUACCACACGCCUCUGACUAACUCUCAGGAGUUCACAGCUGCCUUACUAAUGGCCAGAGAGCUGGCAGACAACAUCACCAAGGGCAUGAGAAAAAUACCAGGCACCUCACCCGACUUUGAAGUGUUUCCUUACACGGUUACCAACGUAUUUUAUGAGCAGUAUCUGACUAUUGUGCCAGAGGGACUCUUCAGCAUCUCCCUCUGCCUGCUGCCGACCUUCGUGGUGUGCUGCCUGCUGCUGGGUUUGGACCUGCGCUCCGGCCUCCUCAACUUGCUCACCAUAAUCAUGAUCGUCGUGGAUACUGUUGGUGUCAUGACCCUGUGGGGCAUCGAUUACAACGCUGUGGCUCUCAUCAAUCUGGUCACGGCGGUGGGCAUCUCUGUGGAGUUUGUGUCCCAUAUGACCAGAUCAUUUGCCCUCAGCAUAAAGCCCACACACGUGGAAAGAGCAAAGGAGGCCACAGCCAAUAUGGGCAGCGCAGUGUUUGCUGGUGUUGCUAUGACCAACCUGCCAGGCAUCCUUGUGCUGGCAUUUGCCAAAGCGCAGCUCAUCCAGAUUUUCUUCUUCCGGUUAAAUCUUGUCAUUACACUUCUGGGGAUGGCACAUGGACUCAUAUUCCUUCCCGUCCUGCUCAGUUAUUUUGGUCCUGGUGUCAAUAAGGCUGUGCUGCUGCAAGAGCAGCUGAAGGCUAAUUCAAAGGCCAAUGAUGAGCUGAGGAUGAGGAACCACGUGAAACAAGUUUAUGAUAAUUUGAGUUAUGAAGAAAAUGAGGUAAAAGGGGACCCGCCUUCCCCCUCUGAUGCCAGCAGAUCUUCAGAAUUCACAGAAAAGCAAUGGGAGGACAAAAUCGACCACUUCUGAGCACCAAAAACUCGUUUCAAGCUCUAAUGAGCAAAUAUCUCUGUAGCAUGCCAAGCAAGGAUGGAUGCAGAGACGGACACAUAGCAAACAAGGAGUCAUGUAUGGCUCCAUAUGGAAAUCAUUAACUUAACUAUGUACCUCAAUCAGAAAUGGACCUGCAGGACUGAAGAUAACAACACUCACUUGUGCAAUAAUGCAGGGGAAUGCAACAGUGGACUAUGGCAACAUUCCUGUCUCAACACAUGAAAAGCUUCAAUUGUAUAAUUAUUUAACAGGACGGGGAGUUGACAAAAGCUCUAGAACGAGAUGUUUUAUAUUUUUUAUUGAAUGUAAUUAUUUUAUAUAUGUGUGAAACAAUAGCACUGUUUAGAGUGAUUUAAAGGAACACACACUCCAGCAUUUUAUAGGGUAGUUUCUUCAAUUGCAGUACGAUGCUAUUUCUGUAAAAUGUGCAAUCAGUGGAAAAAUAUUAAAUGUUUACUGUGUGAAUGAAUGUCUUUAUUAAAAACAUUUGCCAUUACAAA